AACUACUCACGCGGGAGUAGUUGUGUACACAUCUAUAUAAAAGGUGACGACCAUUCGGCGAAGUUCGUCAGUUUUACUCCAUCUCGAAUCCAGGAUUCAAACCGAGAAGCGUCAUGAAGGUCUUCUUUCUGACAUCGAUGUUUGCUGUGUUUGCCAUGUAUUCGUCUGUCUGUGAUGGAUUACCUUCGCCUGAAGCAGAUCCCUAUAGAUACGAAACUGCUGGGAAAGACACUCGGCAAGCAGUGGCGGACUGGGGAAAGGCCGUACUGACAGUCGAUAAACCGUCUGCCAUGGGAUUUCCUGAAGAGAACGGCAAAGGAGGGCCGACCUAUCCGGAUACAUUCUUUGGGGCCUACCGGAUGAAACCCAACUACCGGAACGAGGAAGAUUCAUUGGUUCUUUUGUUGGAACAAAUUCCUAAACAGACGCCGUACAAUCCAAUUCCAUACGCUAUUUAUAACCAAUUAAGUGCUGACAAUGUAGCUAUUUACGACAACGGAAUGACGUAUUAGAAGAACCCGUUUUUGUUCCGUCCUUGCUAAAAAGAGGCAAAAAGCAAUUAGUCUUUUUACACAAACGUAUAUAGCCUGUUCAUACCACAGCAUUCGUUAUUCGCGCUUGGAAUUCUUACUUGGAUGGCCGAGGAGGACAGCCUUAAAGUGUAAUUAACGGUACACAUCACUUACUCUUUAUUUCACGUGUGCUUGUAUGGUACGAACGAUUUUUUUUUCCUCUUCUCGUUCAACCAAAAUUAUCCUAUUAUCUUUUGAUAAACUCCUAUUUAAUAAAAUACAUUGAAGGUUUCAUCCAUGAAAAAUAUAAUGGUUCAAUGAUG